CCCUUUCACUUUGGUACUCAAGAGGGCCCCGGCUAGACCCCCCUUCUUAAUCCGGUCUCAUUAAUGGAUAAAAUAAAAAUGUCUUUUAUCGGAUUGGCGACACGGUCGCUUAACGAGUCAAUGGAUAGCAGACCACUGGAUGGACAUUUAUUUCGAUUUUCCUGACUAAACAUUAUUAUUAUCUUUUACUUAUUUGAAGUACCGAUAUGGAAUUAAUGCUGAAAUAUUAAUACUCGCGUGACGUCAGAGCAGUGCGCAUCAGAGUUGCGUGCUUGUUUAUUUUCGUUACGUGUCUACCGGUUCGAUGUCCAAUAAGAUUACCCAGACUCCUAGGUGGCUCAGUCCUCGUUGUAUACUGUGCUCGGUCAGAGGUGAUAACCGUGGUGUUCGGCAACCGGUAUCCAGUAAAAUGGUCUUGAUCCACGAGUUGUGACAUCGUCGGCCGUCGCACGCGCUCGUUUCAAUGUGAUAUUAUGUAAUAUUAAUACAAACUAUUGAAUUAUUCACUCGUAUGGAUUAGACGCUUACAAUUAUUUUUAUUAACUAUCAAUUAUUUGAGUAUUUAUUGUUUAGUUUGUGGUAUGAACAUUCGAUAUGAUCGCUGUAUUUAAAAACGACGUAGAGGAAACACGGUUAAACACAAAUAGUUUUUAAUACCUACAAAAUAUAUACUGAAAAUAUGAAGAGAUUAACAGCGAAAUUAGUUUUUAUGGGUUCUCAAGGAGUUGGUAAAUCAAGUAUAAUUACAAGAUAUAUAAAAGGAGACUAUAGAAAGGAAUGUGAAGCAACAAUUGGUGCUUCAUUUAUGUAUGCUAAAGUUACUAUAAGAGACUAUACAAUUACUUUAAAAGUAUGGGAUACAGCUGGACAAGAACGGUUUCGUAGUUUAGUACCAAUGUAUUACAGAAAUUCAGAUGCAAUUGCUGUUGUUUUUGAUGUAUCAGAUAGAGAAUCAUUUAGACAGGUUAAAAGCUGGAUAAAUGAAGUAAAAAAGAAUACAGAUACACCUGUGGUUUAUUAUGUAGUUGGCAACAAAACUGAUUUAGUUGAUUCUAGAAUCAUUACAUAUGAAGAAGCUAAAGAAUUUGCUACUUCUGUUGAUGCUCAUUAUUGGGAAACUAGUGUUUAUUCAAAUUCUGGUAUUCAAGAUUUAUUUACAAAUAUUGGCCGAAACCUAAUAGAAAUGGUAGAAAGUUCAAAACGACCAACCAAUAUAAAACUUGAAAUUGAUCCAGAAGAAGGUCCCAAUAAUGUAAAAAUAAAUAAUUCUAAUAUAAAAUGUUGUACCAAUUGAUAUUUAUUUUUUCUUUAUCUAUUAUGUACUGUAUUGUCACAAAAUAAAUGGAAAUAUAACAUUUCUAUACUAUAUA